UUCAAGCUGUACAGGAAACUUCUGAGUCAUCUGUGUCAUCUACCACUUACAAGGAUUAUGGCUACAGGAUUUCAAGACUUAUCAUUGACUGUACAUGAUUUAAUCCAGAAGAGUGUAUUAAUCAGUAAAGGCCCACCUGCACGAUAUCGUCUCCUCACAACCAGAAGUAAUCUUGAUGAAAACGGCUCAGUAAGAAAAUGGACAUUUGGACAGCAAGACAACAAUAUGCAAAACAAAAUAAUACUGAUGGUAGGAGAAACCGGAACAGGCAAAACUACUCUGAUCAAUGCCAUGGUAAAUUAUAUACUCGGGGUGAAGUUUACAGAUGAAGUGUGGUUUGAGAUUACAGAAGAGGAAGGAGAUAAUCAAACGUCAGAUCAGUCAAAAACAAAAACAACUGAAAUCACUGUGUAUGAGGUCUUUGUCCAAGACAAGCCAAUCUGUCUUACCAUCAUUGACACUCCAGGUUAUGGAGACACCAGGGGAACAGAUAUGGAUAAACAGAUUGCUGAAAAUCUGUACAAACUGUUUCAGAAUGAUACUGGAGUGAAAGAAAUUGAUGCAGUGUGUCUGGUAGUGAAGGCAUCUGAGAAUCGACUCUCUGACAGACAGCAUUACAUCUUUGAUGCUGUUUUGUCCUUAUUUGGUAAAGACAUAGAGAACAACAUUGUCAUUUUUAUCACUCAUUCAGAUGGAAUGCCUCCAACAAAUGCUCUUAAUGCUAUCAAGAAAGCAGGGAUUCCCUGUAGGAAAGAUGAAGGAAAUGAACCUGAGAAUUUCUUAUUCAACAAUCGUCAAACUGAGAAAAGGAGCCCAAAGUAUAACAGAGCUCUCCAGACAGCUUGGGAACAAACAGAGGACAGUUUAAAGGAUUUUUGUGCCUCACUGAAAGAACAGAACAGAAAAAGCUUAGAGCAGACUGAACGUGUUCUGUUUGAGUCCAAACGACUUGAAGCCUGUAUUAAUAAUCUACAAAACCGCAUUGACUUUGUAGAGUGCAAUCGUAAAGAACUGGCUCAGAUUCAGAAAGCCCUUGAGGAAAACCGAGAAAAGAUUAAGAGAAAUGAAAACUUUACUUUUACAGUCACCAAAUAUUACAAAGAAAAAGUUCCCAUUGAAAAUGCUUCAUGGUGGGACAGAAAGGCCACCACUUGCUCUGUCUGUGAGGAGAACUGUCAUGAGUAUGGCUGCUGGUGUGCCAUCGAUGCCAGGUGGUGUUAUGUCAUGAGAAAUGACCACUGCACUUCAUGCGCACAUAAAUGUCACUACAGCAAACAUGUCAGAGAGAAUAAGAAAUAUGUUACAUGCAGCAAAGAGACCACAAUGACAUAUAAUGAGUUUAAAAAGCAAUAUGAAAGAAAUGAUACUUCAGCAUCAGCUAUCAAGUUUGACUCAAAGGCCUUUGAAAAUGUCACAAAAGACAUUGCAAGUAACAAGAAACAGGAAGAGGAGAUGACAAGCAUAGAGAAGAGACUGAAAGAAGAACUGAUGAAGACUGAAAAGGAAAAAGCUAAGCUGGUGGAAGAAGCCUGCAACACCAUCCUGAAACUGUCUGAGAUUGCUUUAAAGCCAGAUUCUGCUUUCAUCGUUCAGUCUCUUGACUUCUUGAUCCCUCGAGCUGAGGAAACUGGAAGAGACAUUAUUGCUCAGAAACUAAGAGAGCUGAGGAAAAUUCCAUCUGAAUCACAGGAAAGAGUUAAUGCUGUAAUGGGGUAUGCAAGAGCAGGUUUCAGUAAACUGAAAAAUGCUUUUCACUGGUAAAACAUGAGUUUAGGAGAUUAAAUAUGGCCAUGUAACACAUAAUAAAGAAGGAAUUAUGAACUAUGAAUUAUGAAUUAUGAACAUAUCUGUGCAGUUUUUGUUCAAUUUAAUAAAACACAUUGUGUUUAUUCAGUAAUGCUGUUGUUCAAGAUUUAAUAUUUUACUUAGUUUUGGUAAUCAUUUAAAACUUUUUUUUGAUGAGCCAUUAUGAAUGAGUUUAAAGUAGAAUUUGUCUUUUAAUUAAAACGUUACCUUACCUAUACCAUAUUACUUGUGAAGCUAUACUGUUCGUGGAUAGAUGUUUAUUCUUUUCUUUUAACUUGAUUUAGUUAAUUAGCUUGUAUUGAUAAUUCCCCAA